AGCCCCAGACCACGUGUCCACUCGCAAUGUACUGACGCUCAGCAUUCCCGUGUACUUCCUCCAAGUUUCUCAGCGACUUACUGUCAUCUCCCGACGUCAUGUCACCGCCGCUAAACUUCCCGUUAAGUCCGCUAUCUCAACUCAAUGUAGCCAACUCGGUCGACUCGGUGGGCGAGGUGCUUCAGAGUGGCAGCAGUAGCGGCAGCGGUAGUUACAACUUCCCGACUUCGGUAGCGAGUUGGUGCACACAGAGACCGAGUUUCAUUAGAAGCGUCAGUAGUCAUUCCCUUAAAAAUAAUGAGCUUCAUUGUCGUUUUGCCUCAAGCCUUUACGACUUCAUUGACUCUGAUUCUGGUCCGGUGAGGAGAGUUUCCAGCACCAGUGAUCUGCACAAGCACUGUGUUAGGAGGGCAGAGAGUCCAUUGUCAAAUGAGAGCAAUGCGAUCAUUGAAGGAAUGAGCAGAGCCUGCCGCUACACUCCCGAGGAAAAGAAACAGCGGAUUCAAAGAUACCGAAUCAAAAGAAAUCUUAGGAACUUCAACAAAAAAAUUAAGUAUGCAUGUAGGAAAACACUAGCAGACAGCAGGCCACGCAUCCGAGGACGGUUCAUAAGAAAUAAAGAAAUUCAAAACAAUCCUCCAGUUGAAGAUGGAAAAGAAGAUGAGAUGAACUGGAUUAGCUCUCUAGAUAUCCACUCCCAGCAGCUGCUUAUUAAUCCUUAAUGUUUCAGAUU